UUUUUUGGGCCGAAUGUCUUCGACCUUCCUCAACACGUGCGCUGUGCCUGACCUUAGCAGCUUAAAUUUUUCUGUUGCAUACAUUCCAAGUGGAGAACAUCACUCUUCCUUCUCUCGCUCAUCUUCAACUGAAUGUCACAAUGCCGAUCAAUCAGCCAGCGAAUCAGAUCAAGCUAACAAACGUAUCCAUCGUUCGAUUACGAAAAGGUGGUAAGCGUUUCGAGGUGGCAUGUUACAAGAACAAAGUGUUAGAUUGGAGAAAUGGAACGGAGAAAAACCUAGAUGAAGUCGUUCAGAUCGAAAAUGUAUUCUUGAACGUAAGCAAAGGAGCAGCAGCACCACAAGAAGAUUUGAAAAAAGCAUUCGGAACAACAGAAAUUGAAGUUAUUGUCAAGGAAAUUCUCAAAAAAGGUGAACUACAAGUAGGCGAAAAAGAACGUAAUCAAGAGCUAGACGCAAGUUGGAGAGAAAUCGUGACACUCGUUUGUGAAAAAUGUGUCGAUCCAACAAGCCAAAGACCGUAUCCUUACGGUAUGAUAGAUAAGGCAAUGAGUGAUAUUCACUAUAGCAUCAAAACCGGCAAGAGUGCAAAGAGUCAAGCUUUAGACGUUAUAAGGCAAUUGCAGGCUAGCAAUACAAUCUCUAUUGAACGAGCACGAAUGCGUAUCAGACUAACGAUGGCCAACAAGGACGGUAAGCGAUUGAAGGAAAAGAUUAUACCUUUCAUCGACAGCACCGAAGAUGAAGAUUGGACUGAUGAAUGGGAAUUAGUAGCAUCCAUCGAUCCUGGAUCAUUACGUAAAAUCAACGAGCUACUAGAAGCUGAGACAAAGGGAAGAGGAAGGGUAGAAGUUCUCAAUUUCACAUCUAUUGGCGAUGAUGAAGAUCAAAUGUUGGAAUAAAUUGAAGAAAUGCCAAUUGUACACUAUAUUGCAGAGAUAGAAAACAUGAAG